GUUGUACCCGUGCUUCUCUCUCAUUUACUUUCUUCUCGUUUCCCUACCGUUAGGGUUUUCGGGGACAAUUUUUGAAUGCUCCUUGAGCCUUAUCUCUCCUGCUUGGCUUGUCUUUGCAGCUUCGUAUGCUUCUUCGGAUCGGCUAAACCCUAGUUUUUUUCUCGAGGUCAGGCUGUUGUCUCACUAUGCGGCUUCUUCUUUGUUUCGCCGUUGAAGCUCGAACUUGCUUUGAUCUGGGGACUGUACUGUGAGCGGUCCAACGUGAAGGGUUGUUCUGGACUGAUGAAAGUUUGAACAUGAGUGAUGGAGGCAAGCAGGGCGGGGCAGACAAUGAGAACAACUCGUCCAAGAAGACAAAGCUGAAGGGUGGUGAUGAAUUUGGUCGUGCUAUUUCACGGAUUGCGGUAGCCCAGAUUUGUGAAUCGACUGGGUUCCAGAGUUCUCAGCGCUCGGCGCUUGAAGCUUUUGUGGAUAUUACAAUUAGGUAUAUCUGUAGUUUAGGUAAAGCAGCACGUUACUAUGCUGACAUAUCUGGGAGGACGGAGUGCAACGUGCUUGAUUUAAUACAAGGUUUGGAAGAUAUUGUUGGCUUGGCCCAGGGAUUUACUGGCGGUUCAGAUGACAGCAGGUGUUUGGUUGGUUCUGGGAUUGUUCGGGAUAUUUAUCAGUUCGUGAGCAGUGCAGAUGAAGUUCCUUUUCCUCGGGCAAUUCCAAGAUUCCCAGUUGUUCAACCCUUGAAGAAUACACCUAGCUUUGCUCAGCUUGGGAAGACCCCUGCCUCGAAGCAUGUGCCUGACUGGCUUCCAGCAUUUCCUGAGCUUCAUACUUACGUGCACACCCCAGUUUGGAAUGAGAGAACCACUGAUCGCCGGACAGACAAACUUGAGCAAACAAAGCAGAGGAGAAGGGCAGAGACUUCCUUGCUUUCUUUGCAGCAGCGAAUUGCUUGCACUGGUGAAGUUGGGUUUGUUCCUUCAGGCAAUAGCAGUGAUUCCAAGGGGAAACAAGUUGCAGAAAGUAACCCAUUUCUUGUACCUCCUUUGCCUUAUGACUCGAAGCAGGUUUCGGCUGUUGCCAUACCGAAGUGUGAUGUCACAAAGAAGAGCUUUUCGGUGCUUGAGACUUUUGCCCCAGCUAUUGAGGCAGCUAAGGCUGGUGCCCCGGAAUGCAGGGCCAUUGAAAGAAGAUCAUUGCCUGGUAAAAGGGCACCUGUGCAUUUUAGGAUAGGAGUUGAUAAGAAAUCGAUAUUGGCGCCAUUGUCUUCAGGUGUUUUAGGUAGCAAAUCUGAUGAUUGGUUUUUAAGGGACGAUCAGAAAGAUGAUAAGAAGCGUAGAGCUGAGAUGAUACUUAAAGAAGCUAUGGAGAACCCACAGGAGCUCAUUCAGUUGUAACAAAAUAAUUGUCUGCUUUUGUGGGGUUUCUUCUCACAUGCAGAUGGACACAAUUUUCAGUGCUUCCCUUUCGGAUCAUAUAUUUUGGAAAUUUGAGGUGUGGUCUGUUCUUGCAUAUAUACAACGUUUGGUUUGGCUACGUCUUGGACUGACUUGAUAACAAAUGCAUGAUAUGUUUAAAUGCAUAUAUUCUUGCAAUUUGCAUUAUUUUUUCUUCUUAAUGAGUGAUUCAAGUUUGCCACCGAUUACUUCUAUAUAUCUCUGAGAUUACAGAUACUUGUGACAUUUCAUCGGCACAUGCACGAACUGAUAAAUGUCCUGAAAUUAUUAUUGUAAUCUGUAUGUCAGCAUUAUUUUGGAUGGUGAAUUAUGUUGAUCUGUACUAGCAUUGAUGAUUUAAGCCAUCUUGGAAUUUGUAAUUAUUUGCAUUUGAAUGCAGAAGAUGACCCUCUAUGUGCUGCACAAUUCUGAGAAAUUUCAUUUUUUAGUGGCUCGUACUGAAUCUCAUUGAUCAUUCUGCACCUUUAAUGACGCAUGUUCUUUGGGCAGUGAUUUAUUAUUACAAAUUGUAUCUUGGGAAUUUAUGACAUUGGGUGUGGCUCCUUUACACAGCAUAUUGAAUGUGAACUGGCAGCUGGGAAAAGUGGACAAAAAGCUUGACCAUCUUUUCUGGUUUGUUUGUUUCUAUGAAGAGCAAGGUGUAAGCGUCACGCAUAUCAGAGCCAUGAGUUCAAAGAUCAUUUUUGUCACCUGGUUUAAUCAGAAUCAUUUUUGCAAUGUUAAUAAACAACAGUUUAGCUUUAAAGCUCUCUAACAAGGGAAGGCUGUAUUUUUCAUCCAUUGCAUGGAUGCAAGGAUCAUUUUCUUCAUCAAUGUUAAUUCUGAUAAUAUACUUGUGUAAAUUUUUUUAGCUGUUUCUAGCUCUCACAUUUUUUGGGCAGUGCUGUAGGAUCUAUUCAUAGCAACCAAACGCAUUGUAAUAAUUGAGAGGCUCUUUGAUGCGACUUCCGAGUUGGUUCCGGUGAUACCUGGGUGGAGACUCUGGCAUGCUUACUUUUUUUUUGUUAUCUUACAACACUUAGCAGCAUUCUUAAGCUUGAAACUCAGGCUUAUGCUGAUUGCAGAGUCACUUAAUCAUUAGGAGCUUUUACUGUGCUGUAAACAAAAUGGUAUGUUGAAAUUAAGUUCUCCUAAUAUCAUGUUCAAUACAUGAAACAGCUAAGAUUGGUAAGGUAUCUACAAAUGUGAUUCUGUUGUUGCAACAGUUUAUUUGAAAUCAGUGCAGAUUCAUGUGAAUUAAAUGAUUUCGAGUUCGGCUGAAUGACAACAUGAUAAUGAAUUAACUAAUUCAUAGGCUAAUGCAUAUUUGGUCUCACAAAAUGUCAAUUUUUAUUCUCCUAUUGUAAGAUCAUCAGUGCUUAUCAUGUAUUUUAACUAUCUCCUUAUCUUUUUUUUUGCUGCAGAAUUUAUAGGCAUGAGAUUGGUAAGGUAUCUACAAAUGUGAUUCUGUUGUUGCAACAGUUUAUUUGAAAUCAGUGCAGAUUCAUGUGAAUUAAAUGAUUUCGAGUUCGGCUGAAUGACAACAUGAUAAUGAAUUAACUAAUUGAUAGGCUAAUGCACAUUUGGUCUCAGAAAAUGUCAAUUUUUAUUCUCCUAUUGCAUGAUCAUCAGUGCUUAUCAUGUAUUUUAGCUAUCUCCUUAUCUUUUUUUUGCUGCAGAAUUUAUAGGCAUGAGAUCUGAAAGCUGGGCAACUCAUCCCUUGGUUUUGGCUCGACAUGCCCAUUUCUAUAAGGCUGCAGCAAGCCAUGCCAUUGAUUGUUUCUAUUUAAUAUUUUGUUCUCAUGCACCUCCAAAAGGCAGUAUAUUUUUUUCAGCGGCGCUGAUUUUUGUUCUCAUGUCCUUUCUGCCUGUUGUGUUUUAUUUUCUAUCAAUGUGGAUCCAGCAUGUUCUUUACUGCGUACUCUCUAUUUGCUAGUUGUUUAUUCUUAGUAUAAAAUUUAAAAUGUAUGGUUGGACCUUACUGGCUGUAAUGGAGGUGAUGUGCUUUAUUGUAUAACUUGUCUAUUUUUUCCUACUUGAUGAGGUGUCUGGACCAUUUUAUUUUACUUUUCAAGGGUUUAAGCUUAAGGCCUGAUGUUCUUGGUUAAACUUAUUGGCAGAGUUGACGUUUGAUGUUUAUUUUCUAAUUUUUGAUUAGAGGUAAAACUUUAGUGUCCCUAGAAAGAGACUGAAAAUGCAACUUUAAAAACUGAUUAACUUGAAGAGCCAUUCAUCAUCAGCAACAUAAAGCCUUAUUUAACACAUUUAAGGUUAUUAUAUGUUCAUUUAAACAUUGCAU